UGCGUCAUAUCUUCCAACUCAGCCACCGUGGUGUGGCCGGAGCCUCCCCGGCAGCCGCCACCGCCUCGGGCCCCGCUCCUCCCCGAACCGUUAUCCGAUAAUCACCAUCACUUCUCCCCGAUAGAAGCCAGCCCAGCCCCGCUCCGGAGUGUGGCGCCGCCUUCGCCAUGAGUGACCGUUAAAAGCUACCUUUCCUCCGCAGAAGAGCGGAACUCUCCGCUCGGUGAAUUGAGUCUGAGUCCGACGCACAGUGACUGUGGUGAUGGUGUUGGACUCAGCUGAAGUCUUCAUGGAUCUGGUCGAGGGUGAAAGAGUCAGGGACUUGCUGGAGCCAGGUGUCUCAGUGAGUCCACCAAAAACCUCCAGCAGCUCUACCACGAAGGGAGCAUCCAGGAGGAGUAAUGCCACCAAGAAGGAGAGGGUGUCCCACAAUGGGCUGACGAGCAUCAGUCCGGUUGUAGAAAGGAGGCCCAAGAUGCCACUCCGCCGUCCCCUCAGUAUGGAGGUGGCACCGCAGCGCCAGCGAGGCUCUCAGGAACAGGUGGUGGACAGGAGGAUCCUGCAGCCUCCCUGGCGCAGCGGCUCAGCCACCCCCUCGCCCCCGACUCGCAGCCUCACCAGCCCCAGCCUGGGAGCGGGCAGCUGGAUGCGACGCAGUGAAAGCAGCUGCUCUGUCAAUUACCCUCUGGGGCUGCGAGCCAGCAGGGGCCAGAUGCGACCCGCCACCUCCCUCCCUCACAUAGCUAAGGGAGUGGGGGGGUCAGUGCUGCCUACAGCUGCCAGGCCAUGUCUGCUUGUUUCUCUCAGGCCUCUAAAUUUGGAGCAGGAGAAGCAGGCCUUCUUCCAGUCCGACUACAAGUAUGAGCCUCAGUUUGAGUAUGCACAGCCAGAGCCAAGAAGUGUGUUGGACAAGUACAAAGAGGGCUCGGGCCUCUUCCUGGAGCAGGCAAUCGGAAUCAUGGAAUGUGUCCUGAGGAAGUUUGGUUCUUAUGAGAACUUUGAGGAGGUGACAGGCGGCAAAGUGCUGCCAAAAAGUCAGGUGUGGGCGGCGGUACGCAAAUACCUGCAGAAAGAGGGCUGUGUGGGAGAGGUGGUCGUGCGUCUGUCUGACGAGUUGCUGUCGCAGGCUGUGAUGGUGGUGGAGAGCUGUCGCCCUACUCUCACCAUCAACCUGGCCGGGGCUCGCCAGCACUGGCUGGAGGGGAUGCUGAGGCACGAGAUCGGCACACAUUAUCUGCGAGGUGUGAACAACAACCUGCAGCCGUGGGCCACCACAGACGGCAGGAAGCAGUUCAGCCUGAAACCAGCCAAUCCCACGGAGGAGGGCCUGGCCAGUCUGCACAGCGUACUGCUGAGAAAGCAGCCAUAUCUGUGGCGUGCUGCGCUGCUCUACUACACGGUGUUCCACGCCUCCAGCAUGAGCUUCAGCCAGCUCUUCAGCCACAUUGCAUGCUUCGUUGAGAAUCCGGACGUCCGCUGGGAAUACUGUCUGCGUGCCAAGAGGGGACAAACGGACACAUCGCAGCCCGGCUGCUUCAGCAAAGAUCAGGUUUAUCUGGACGGGAUCCUGCGGCUCCUUCGGCAUCGAAGGACCGUCGACUUCAAGUUAUUGACCUCUUUAGGAAAGGUGUCCUAUGAAGAUGUGGAGAGACUGCGUCAUCUGGCGGUGCUGUCCCGGACCAGAACCCCACACUUCAUGCGUGACCAGGUGCGGUACCUGCAGCACCUGGACCAUAUCGUCGCCGUGAAUGAGCUGGAUGACUCUGCGCUGGAGCAGCUUCUUCCCUAAGCGGCGCCUCGGUUCUUACCUUCAGUAUUAUCAGCGCUUUAUUAGAGCGUAAAACUUGAAUGACACCACCAAAAGGGACACACACACACACACACACUAAGGCCUCGAUCUACGUCCUCACUUCUGUCCCAUGCAUGUUUGUGUAGCUUCUAUCACAGAUUAAUGCAGUUUAACACCCCUUCCCCCAUAACGUUACCUCAAUAUUAUCUCUGUGUAACCAACGUGACACACGUAACUCACAUAUUCACAGUCACGCUUUAUUUAUGCAGUUAUUUAUUUUUAUUUGCAAGAACAAACUGAAUGUCUCUGGUUUCAGCUUUAUAUCUUGUUUUUUUAGAUAAUGUUUUUAUGGCUUAGAUUGUUUGCAUCUUAAAAAAAGGACACCAAGGACACAAUAAAUCCAGGGGAAGCUGUAGCUGAGGCCAUGAAUCUUUAAAAAUAUCAAGUGCCAGUGGACUCAGAACCAGAUAUCAAUGUUUCCGACGUUAAUCAGCAGUGUUGUCUUAACAGUGUCCUUGGUGGACUUUUAGUCCCUCUAUGCUACUGUGAUAGGACCCUUCCUGGAGCUCACCCAAGGCGCCAUAGCCACUCGGGAACAGUUCAGCAUUUGGGUUUUAAUCAGCUUCUUUGUGAGUCUCGUGUCAUAUGUAGCUGAACAAGUGUGAGCUUCAGACUGACAUGUAAAAAAUAUGAAUUUCUUUAAAAGCAUACCCAAAAAACUGAUUUUACUUUUCUGGCUUUAUUCCUUUAUUUUAGAUAUUUAAGCCUUUAGAUGGUUUUAAACAGAUUUUAGAAUCUGAAUGUUCAGUCUUAUUGGUCUCCUGGCAGCGGCUGAAUGUUUAACACACAAAUCAAAGUGAGAUGGCACAUCUGGAGGAGCGGUACCUGCCUACAUGCUGAACUGUGCCUCUGUUAGCUAAAGUGCUUCAGCAGUAUCUUUGUUUUAAUAUUUAAGAGCCAGGUUGGCUGACUUAGACACUGGGUGGUGCCUUCGAUGGGUCUCUGCUCAUCUGUGGUGUAACUGCUGCUUUUUGUUGUUUCACACAACAAUUGAGCGUCAAAAUUAAAGCAUGAUUUGAUGAGAUUAUUUAGGUUUACCGAGACUCGCUCUGCUGUUUACAGGUUCAGUCAGAGCAGAACUGUCUCUGAGCACUUUGACCCGGAUCCUCCUAAACAAAUGCAGCUGUUUGGAGCUCAUGAACGUUGCACAAGUGUUUUAUGUUCUGGAAAACAUCUUGAAUUUCUACUUUAUUUAUUAAAGUAAACACACCUACA